UAAUUUCAUUGGUUCCUAUUUAUAGUCUGUGAUGGUGAAUAAUAUGGCAGCCAUGUAGGUGGCCCGGUCGAAAGAAGUUGUACGAUAUUUAAAAGAAAAAACAAAAUCCACAAAUCCAGAAGGAAGCACGGAUCUACCCUAGACAUUUAUGAUUUUGAACACUUUUGGAGCCGGGGCAGUCUGACAGACACAAGGUUGAGAGGGUUACGGACGAGGACAGGAGCAGAACGGAGGCAUCACCAUGACGGACAUGGCGCAGGGCCGACCCAUCAAGUGUGUGGUGGUGGGGGACGGGACAGUGGGAAAGACGUGCAUGCUCAUUUCCUACACCACCGACAGCUUCCCUGGGGAGUAUGUCCCCACAGUGUUUGACAACUACACGGCGAACAUGAUGGUGGACGGAGUGCCGGUCAGUCUGGGGCUGUGGGACACGGCGGGACAGGAAGAUUAUGACAGACUACGUCCUCUCAGUUAUCCCCAGACGGAUGUGUUCCUGAUUUGUUUUAGUGUUGUGAGUCCUUCGUCGUACGAAAAUGUCUUAACAAAGUGGAAUCCAGAGAUCAAGCACCACUGUCCCGAGGCUCCUGUAUUAGUAGUAGGUACAAAAAUAGAUCUUAGAGAAAAUAAGGAAGCCAUCGGGAGUCUUACAGCUCAAGGCCUGAAUCCGGUCAAGCGAGAGCAAGGGAUCAAACUAGCCAACAAGAUACGGGCUGUCAAGUACAUGGAGUGUUCUGCCCUUACUCAGCGGGGGCUCAAGCAGGUCUUUGAUGAAGCCGUGAGGGCCGUGCUUCAGCCUCAGCCAAUCAGGAGAAAGCAACACAAGUGCACCAUGCUGUGAUGGGACGGCCAGUUUUUAACGUGUGAAUGAUGCAAUUUGGCGUGAAAGUGUUGUGAAUGAUGGUUGUGAGUGGGACAUGUUUGGGUUUGUUUUACAUUUUUUUGAUACACACUCUUGAUCAGAUAGCGAAAUUUUCAGCUGCUGCCCCCUUUCAAUGUAUUAUCAAAGUUUUAGACAAAUUCCUUUCUAGGUUAUCCUUUUGAUUCCCUUAUUUUAAUAAUAGCAGUAAAUUAUUGUGGGGGGGACCUAUGCAUGAAACUGAGUUGUAGCAAACAAGGCAUGAACAAAAAAAAA